CAGUUGAGUGAUCUAUGGUUGAGUGAUUGCUAGAAGUACGAAUAAGUGGGUUGAAAUAUUUUACGAUUAGUGAAAGAGUGAAUAAUUGUAUUAAAACUGAUCGAAUUAAAAGAUAGAAGAAGAUUGUAAAUGAAACCAUGGAGCAGAUUCCACCCCCCAAGGAAAUAAAAAUUUUGGAAACAGCAGAAGACAUCCAGGAAAGGCGUCAACAGGUUUUGACUCGUUAUGAUAAUUUCAAAGCUGAUGCCAGAGCUAAAAGAGAGAAACUUGAAGAUUCUCGUAGAUUCCAGUACUUUAAAAGAGAUGCAGAUGAGCUAGAAUCAUGGAUUUUAGAAAAACUUCAAGCAGCUAGUGAUGAGAGCUACAAAGAUCCUACCAAUUUGCAGAUCUACAAAACACAUGAUGCUUCGGUUUAUAUGGCAAAAAUUCAAAAACAUCAAGCAUUUGAAGCUGAAGUAUCAGCUCAUAGCAAUGCGAUUGUUGUGUUGGAUAGAACCGGCCAAGACAUGAUUAAUCAUAAUCAUUUUCAAUCAGAGACCAUCAGAAAGCGUUUAGAGGAACUUCACCGAUUAUGGGAACAGCUCUUGUCGAAGUUGGCGGAGAAGGGAAUGAAACUUCAGCAAGCCUUGGUUCUCGUCCAAUUUUUAAGACAAUGUGACGAGGUAAUGUUUUGGAUCAACGAUAAAGGCGCGUUUUUAACUACAGAAGAGUUUGGCCACGACUUAGAGCAUGUGGAAGUUUUACAACGUAAAUUCGACGAGUUUCAAAAGGAUAUGAACUCUCAAGAAUACCGUGUCACCGAAGUUAAUGAGAUGGCAGAGAAACUUCUUCUUGAUGGUCAUCCUGAUCGAGACACAAUUAUUACACGGAAAGAUGAGUUAAAUGCUGCUUGGCAACGUUUGAAACAAAUGGCCGUUAUGCGACAAGAAAAAUUAUUUGGGGCUCAUGAAAUUCAAAGAUUCAACAGGGAUGCUGACGAAACUGUCGCCUGGAUUGCCGAGAAAGAUGUGGUUUUGUCUUCUGACGACUACGGAAGGGAUUUGGCAAGUGUACAAACACUUCAAAGAAAACACGAAGGAGUUGAACGAGAUUUGGCUGCUCUGGAAGACAAAGUUUCCACAUUGGGACAGGAAGCUGACAGGCUGUGUGGCAUUCAUCCUGAUCAUGCACAGCAAAUACAGGCUAAAAGGGCAGAGAUUGAAGCAUACUGGGAGAGAUUAACAGCCAAAGCUAAAGAAAGACGUGAAAAAUUAGAUGAGUCCUAUUUCUUGCACCGUUUCCUUGCUGAUUUUCGUGAUUUGGUUUCAUGGAUCAACGACAUGAAGGCAAUCAUUUCUGCAGACGAAUUAGCCAAAGACGUUGCAGGCGCCGAAGCGUUGCUUGAGCGUCAUCAGGAACAUAAAGGAGAGAUUGACGCACGCGAAGACAGUUUUGCAGCUACCACAGAAGCUGGAAAGCAACUACUUGAUAAGGGACACUAUGCAGCUGAUGAAAUCAAAGACAAACUUUCUCAAUUGGCAUCAGACAAAAAUUCUCUUUUAGCCCUCUGGGAAGAAAGGCGCAUUCUGUACGAACAAUGCAUGGACUUGCAGCUCUUUUAUCGUGAUACUGAACAAGCAGACACAUGGAUGGCAAAACAGGAGGCUUUCUUGUCGAACGAGGACCUUGGCGACUCGUUAGAUUCAGUUGAAGAUCUCAUCAAGAAACAUGAAGAUUUUGAAAAGUCAUUAGCAGCUCAAGAAGAAAAAAUCAAAGCCUUAGACGAAUUUGCAACAAAACUGAUUGAUGGUGAACAUUAUGCAGCAGACGAUGUGGCUCAACGUAGAGCAAUGUUGUUGGAGCGUCGUUCAGCUCUGAAAGAAAAAUCUGCCCUGCGUCGUGCAAUUUUGGAAGAUGCCUACAAAUUACAACAGUUUGAAAGAGACUGCGAUGAGACAAAGGGUUGGAUCAACGAAAAAUUAAAGUUCGCUACUGAUGAAAGCUAUCUGGACCCUACAAAUUUGGGUGGAAAAGUACAGAAGCACCAAAAUUUCGAACAGGAAUUGAACGCGAAUAAAAGUCGCAUGGAAGAAAUCACUUCAACAGGACAAGAACUUAUUGAAGCUCGUCAUUAUGCGUCUCCUCAAAUCCAGAGUCGUAUGGAAGAAAUUGUAAACCUUUGGGAAACACUGGUCCAAGCAACAGACAAGAAGGGAUCGAAACUGCAAGAAGCAAGUCAACAACAGCAGUUCAAUCGCACUGUUGAAGACAUUGAACUUUGGCUGUCAGAAAUUGAAGGCCAACUCAUGUCUGAAGAUUACGGAAAGGAUUUGACAUCAGUACAAAAUCUACAGAAGAAGCAUGCUCUCUUGGAGGCCGAUGUUGGUUCGCAUCAGGAUAGAAUCGAAGCUAUAAAGGCGGCUGCACAACAGUUUAUUGAACGGGGUCAUUUUGAUGCAGACAAUAUCGGUUCGAAACAAAAAGCACUCUGCGAUCGCUAUGCAGCUUUGCAAACGCCAAUGGCAAUAAGGAAACAGCGUCUUCUGGAUUCGUUACAGGUUCAGCAAUUAUUUAGGGAUAUCGAAGACGAGGAGUCGUGGAUUAGAGAGAAAGAACCAGUAGCUGCAAGCACCAAUAGAGGUCGUGACUUAAUUGGAGUUCAAAACUUAAUAAAGAAGCACCAGGCUGUUUUGGCAGAAAUAAACAAUCACGACAGUCGAAUCACUGCCGUGGUGGAAGCUGGCAAACAGAUGAUGGAAGAUGAACACUUUGCAAGUGAUGAAAUCAGAAAUCGAGUUACGACCUUACAAGAUCAUUGGAACCACCUCAAAGACAAGGCCAAUCAGAGGAAACAAGAUUUGGAAGAUUCCCUUCAAGCCCACCAAUAUUACGCAGAUGCAAAUGAAGCUGAAUCGUGGAUGAGGGAGAAAGAACCGAUAGUUAGCAGUACCGAUUAUGGUAAGGAUGAGGAUUCCUCAGAAGCUCUUCUUAAAAAGCAUGAAGCCCUCAUGAGUGAUCUCUUGGCUUUUGGAAACACAAUUGAAGCCUUGAAAGAACAAGCACAAUCGUGCAGACAACAAGAACCCCCAGUUGUUGAUGUAACUGGUAAAGAAGCAGUGGUUGCACUUUAUGAUUACACAGAAAAGUCACCUCGAGAAGUAUCCAUGAAAAAGGGCGAUUUACUUACUCUUCUUAAUUCUAAUAACAAGGAUUGGUGGAAAGUUGAGGUGAAUGAUCGUCAAGGAUUUGUGCCAGCAGCUUACGUAAAGAAAGUUGAGGCAGGAUUGACUGCUUCCCAACAAAACUUGGUUGACAACAAUUCAAUUCCGGCUCGUCAAGCCCAAAUUAACGGCCAGUACGACCACCUUUUGGAUUUAGCACGUGAACGACAAAAAAAACUUAACGAGACCGUAAAAGCUUACGUUCUUGUACGUGAAGCAGCAGAAUUAUCUAAUUGGAUAAAAGAUAAGGAAAUGCAUGCACAAGUACAAGAUGUUGGUGAAGAUUUGGAACAGGUAGAAGUGAUGCAAAAGAAAUUUGACGAUUUUCAAGCCGAUCUUAAAGCCAACGAAGUUCGCUUGGCUGAAAUGAACGAAAUUGCUAUGCAACUUGUUUCUUUGGGACAAACGGAGGCUGCGCUUAAGAUCCAAACCCAAAUCGAGGAUCUUAACAACAAGUGGAGUUCUUUGCAACAAUUGACAUCAGAAAGGGCUACUCAAUUGGGUUCUGCCCAUGAAGUGCAGCGAUUCCAUCGUGACGUCGACGAAACAAAAGAUUGGAUUCAAGAAAAGGACGAAGCCCUUAAUAAUGACGACCUUGGUAAGGACUUGAGAAGUGUACAAGCCCUUCAACGAAAACACGAAGGACUUGAAAGAGAUUUGGCAGCUUUAGGCGAUAAGAUUAAACAACUGGACGAAAUCGCCAAUCGUUUGAUGCAAACUCAUCCAGAAUCUGCUGAACAGACUUAUAUCAAACAAACAGAAAUUAACGAACUGUGGACACAACUCACGGCUAAAGCUACAAGUCGCAAAGAAAAAUUACUAGACGCUUACGAUUUACAAAGAUUCUUGAGCGACCAUCGCGAUUUGCUCGCUUGGAUAAGUUCCAUGCUAGGUUUGGUUAGUUCUGAAGAGUUGGCCAACGAUGUAACUGGAGCAGAGGCAUUGAUUGAAAGACAUCAGAACUACAGGGCUGAAAUAGAUGCACGUUAUGGAAUCCCACAGGAACAUCGAACAGAAAUCGACGCUAGAGCAGGUACGUUUCAUACUUUGGAGCAAUUUGGACAACAGUUACUGUCAUCCAAUCAUUAUGCCAGUCCAGAAAUACAAGAGAAAUUGGAACAGUUAAACAAAGCACGAGAAGAACUUGAAAGAGCUUGGAUUGAACGUCGUGUACAACUGGAUCAAAAUUUGGAUUUGAAUCUUUUCUAUCGCGAUUGCGAACAAGCAGAAAACUGGAUGUCCGACAGAGAAGCAUUUUUAGCUUCUGAAGAAGUUGAUUCAAAAGGUGACAAUGUAGAAGCCCUUAUUAAAAAACAUGAAGAUUUCGACAAAGCCAUCAAUGCCCACGAGGAAAAAAUCGCUGCUUUACAAACUUUAGCCGAUCAGUUGAUAUCGAAUGGUCACUAUGCUUCCGGCGAAAUCGACAACAAGCGUAAUCAAGUUCUUGACCGUUGGCGUCACUUGAAAGACGCUCUUAUUGAAAAGCGAUCGAAAUUAGGAGAAAGCCAAACUCUUCAACAAUUUUCAAGGGAUGCUGACGAAAUCGAAAAUUGGAUUGCAGAAAAAUUGCAACUUGCUACCGAAGAAAGUUACAAGGAUCCGGCUAAUAUCCAAUCAAAACACCAAAAACAUCAGGCAUUCGAAGCUGAACUGGCGGCCAACGCUGACCGUAUUCAAUCUGUACUAGCCAAUGGCGAAAACUUGAUUGAUAAGCGUCAAUGCGCAGGAUCGGAAGAAGCUGUUCGUAAACGUUUAGAAUCGAUCGCGGAACAGUGGGAAUUUCUCACACAGAAAACAACCGAAAAAUCUAUGAAGCUUAAGGAAGCGAAUAAACAACGCACUUACAUUGCUGCCGUCAAAGAUUUGGACUUCUGGUUGGGCGAAGUUGAAAGCUUAUUGACUAGUGAAGAUGCCGGAAAGGAUUUAGCAUCGGUGCAGAACCUGAUGAAAAAACACCAUCUUGUUGAAGCUGACAUUCAAGCACAUGAAGAUCGUAUUAAAGAUAUGAACGAUCAGGCAGAUUCUUUGAUUGAAAGUGGCCAAUUCGAUACUGCAAGUAUCCAAGAGAAACGACAAUCGAUUAACGAACGUUACGAACGAAUUAAGAAUUUGGCAGCUCACAGACAGGCUCGGCUAAACGAAGCUAACACAUUACAUCAAUUCUUCAGAGAUAUCGCUGAUGAAGAGUCCUGGAUAAAGGAAAAGAAGCUUUUAGUUGGGUCCGACGACUAUGGUCGCGAUUUAACAGGUGUCCAAAAUUUGAAAAAGAAACACAAGCGCCUUGAAGCUGAACUUGCAUCCCAUGAACCGGCUAUCCAAGCAGUUCAAGAAGCAGGCGAAAAAUUAAUGGAUGUCUCAAAUUUGGGUGUGCCUGAAAUCGAGCAAAGGCUCAAGGCAUUGAAUCAGGCCUGGGCUGAAUUGAAACAACUGGCUGCUACCAGAGGACAAAAAUUGGACGAAUCGCUAACUUACCAACAGUUCUUGGCCAAAGUCGAAGAAGAAGAGGCUUGGAUUAGUGAAAAGCAACAGUUGUUGGGCGUCGAAGAUUAUGGAGAUACCAUGGCAGCAGUACAAGGCCUUUUGAAGAAACACGACGCCUUCGAGACUGACUUCCAGGCACACAGUGAACGUUGCCGAGACAUUACCGAAGCUGGGAAGAAGUUGAUCACUGAUGGUAACCAUCAUGCGGACAGUAUUGAACAACGUUGCCAACAGCUGCAGAGUAAACUCGACAACUUGGCGGCUUUAGCUGCUAGACGCAAGGCCAAAUUGGUGGACAAUUCGGCUUAUCUGCAAUUUAUGUGGAAAGCAGACGUUGUUGAAAGCUGGAUAGCCGACAAGGAAAGCCACGUGAAGAAUGAAGAAUAUGGCAGGGAUUUGUCGAGCGUACAAACUCUUUUAACUAAACAAGAAACAUUCGAUGCAGGUCUCACCGCCUUUGAACAUGAAGGUAUUCAAAAUAUAACAGCUCUUAAAGAUCAACUAAUAGCCGCAAAACAUGAUCAAAGCAAUGCAAUUUUACAAAGACAUGCCGAUGUUAUUGCCAGAUGGCAGAAAUUGCUUGCCGAUUCUGAUGCCCGCAAACAACGACUUUUACGUAUGCAAGAGCAAUUCAGGCAGAUUGAGGAAUUAUUCCUUACUUUUGCCAAGAAAGCAUCUGCCUUCAACUCCUGGUUCGAGAAUGCUGAAGAAGAUUUGACCGAUCCUGUUCGUUGCAAUUCUAUUGAAGAAAUCAAAGCUUUAAGAGAGGCUCACGCUCAGUUUCAGGCUUCUUUGUCGAGUGCACAAGCAGAUUUUGAAGCACUUGCCGCUCUUGAUCAGAAGAUCAAGAGUUUCAAUGUGGGUCCAAAUCCGUACACCUGGUUUAAUAUGGAGGCUCUCGAAGAGACAUGGCGCAAUUUGCAAAAGAUUAUAGCUGAACGUGAUGUUGAAUUGACAAAGGAGGCACAACGUCAAGAAGAGAACGACAAAUUACGAAAGGAAUUUGCUAAACACGCAAAUGCUUUCCACCAGUGGCUAACAGAGACUCGUUACAAGAUUCUUGGUUGGGAUGGUACUUCAAUGAUGGAAGGUUCAGGUUCAUUGGAACAACAACUUGAGGCAACAAAACGUAAAGCAGCCGAGGUCAGGGCACGUCGUUCAGAUUUGAAGAAAAUCGAAGAUCUUGGGGCUAUUCUUGAGGAACACCUUAUCCUGGACAAUCGUUACACCGAGCAUUCUACCGUAGGGCUUGCACAACAGUGGGAUCAGCUUGAUCAAUUAGGCAUGAGAAUGCAGCACAACCUUGAACAGCAAAUACAGGCACGCAAUCAGUCGGGUGUAAGUGAAGAUGCUCUGAAGGAGUUCUCGAUGAUGUUCAAGCACUUUGACAAGGAAAAAUCUGGAAAAUUGAACCACCAAGAAUUUAAGUCCUGUCUUCGUGCACUUGGUUACGAUUUACCAAUGGUGGAGGAAGGUCAACCAGAUCCUGAAUUUGACGCUAUACUUGACGUGGUAGAUCCUAAUCGGGAUGGGUACGUUUCAUUACAAGAGUACAUGGCGUUCAUGAUAAGUAAAGAAACUGAAAAUGUUCAAAGUUCUGAAGAGAUAGAGAAAGCGUUUAGAGCGAUAACAGCUGGAGACCGUCCUUACGUCACCAAGGAAGAGUUAUAUGCCAAUCUUACAAAGGAGAUGGCAGAUUAUUGUGUAGCUCGAAUGAAACCGUAUGUGGAGCCAAAAACAGAAAGACCUAUUGCAGGUGCUCUCGAUUACAUGGAAUUUACAAGGACUCUCUUCCAGAAUUAAAUCUAGAAGGCUUUAUUCAUUUUAAGUAUCUAUUUAAUUUCUCAAUUUUUUAAUAUAUACUUCAUAUUACUUAUGUUGUAUUUAAGUAUUCGUUUAUGUACGGUAUUUUCCUUCUAUUAAAUUUUCCACGUAACCAUUUCACUGCACUGAA